AUGUAUCUAUCAUGCUCUAGGCCGAUUGUUCUCCGGAGGUGUCAACCUAUUUGGUCAUGUCUGAAGGUUCAUGUAAGGUUCAACUCAUCAGCCAGGAACAGAUGGAUAGAUCGUCAAAAAAAUGAUUUUUACACUAAGGAAGCUAAAGUACGUGAUCUUAGGUCCAGAGCUGCAUUCAAGCUUAUGGAAAUUGAUGACAAAUACCAUCUCUUCAGUAAAAACUCCUCGCAAAGAGUGCUUGAUUUGGGCUUCGCUCCAGGAGCAUGGUCGCAAGUGGCAUUCGAUAGAACUAGGCCUAAUGGCAUGGUGUUAGGAGUUGAUAUUCUACCGUGCGCCCCACCUAGGGGUGUGAGCUCUAUUCAAGCCAAUAUUUUAUCUAAGCGAACCCAUGAGCUGGUAAGGCUCUUCUUUUCAAAGCACUUCCAAUUGUAUAAGCAUGAUGAUUUACAUCAAGACCACGGCUAUUUUCGAAGCGUGCUCGAGGAUAAACUCCAAACGUUGAAACAAACCGAUGAGUAUCGGGAGAUCUUUUCUGAUGAUUUCAAUGUUAAAACAAAUAUGUUGGAGGAACACCCCAUCGAUGUUGUUAUCAGCGAUAUGUAUGAAUGCUGGCCCCAAACUUCGGGAUUUUGGAAUAAUCUUACUAAUUUUGCUUAUGAUAGGAUGGCCAAUACAACAGGUAUUGCUGAUAAGGAUCACUUUAUGUCCAUAGAUCUUUGUGAUGCCGCUCUUGUGAUCGCUAUUGACUUACUAAAAGUUGGAGGUUGUUUCACUUGUAAACUUUAUACAGGAAAAGAAGAUCGUUUAUUGGAAUCACGCUUAGGGAAGGUAUUCAAUAAGGUUCAUAGGUUUAAACCUUCGGCAUCAAGAAAUGAAUCGAGAGAGCUAUACUUCGUCGCACUGGGUAAAAAAAAAACAUUGACAAGCUUCAGGUUUUCUCUUGAGCUUAAAGACAUUGAUGAAACAAUUGUUAUUCGUGAAUAA